GCAGAAAGAUGUGAAUUGGUGAUGGGAGUCGAGGAGCCGAGGCGUGAGAGAGGCAAGGUGGGGGAACACAGAGACAGUGGUGGGCAGCCUCUUCCUGUCUUCACAGUGGAGUCUGCUGCCUGCAGCGAUCUUCCGCAUCGUUGACUGCAUGCUGGGGAGGAUGGCCCCCUUGGGCAGAGCGUGGGGAGCCGCGUGGAGCCGCAAUCAUGAGCUAGCCUCCUGCUCACUUGUCUCUGGGUUCUUACUUCCUGCCCGUGGCAGAAAAUAGCCCUGCCCCUAUCCCUUAUCUCAGCUAAGAGCAGCACCCAGCCCAGCUCAGAGGGCAAUGGGACAGGUUCCAGAGGUCCUGAGGAGGUCUCCACAGCUGAAGCUGUGGCCCCAAAGGCGUCCAGCCUUGGCCAAUCAUCUGCCCCUGAGGUCAUAGACCACACUCCCAUGUCUUGCCUCUGCUUGCUUUGGGACAGACUCUGUAUAGCCACCAGGCUACCACCCUGGAGGUGAGCGCCAUGCACGGACCUCAGUAUUCCCCAUGAUGCCUCAGCCUAGUUUCUCUUCCCACUUGGACACGAUGUUUGCCAAUUCUUCAGCCAACGCCUCUUCUACCAACAGCUCUGUGCCCCAGUGCCGUGACUAUCGGGGUACACAUCGUCUGCAUAUGGUGGUCUACAGCCUGGUCUUGGCCACUGGUCUCCCUCUCAAUGCUCUGGCUCUCUGGGUCUUUGUGCGUGUGCUGCGUGUGAACUCGGUGGUGAGCGUGUACAUGUGCAACCUGGCAGCCAGCGAUCUGCUCUUCACCCUGUCACUGCCCCUGCGCCUCUCCUACUACGCACGGCACCACUGGCCCUUCCCGGACUUCCUAUGCCAGAUGUCGGGCGCCAUCUUCCAGAUGAACAUGUACGGCAGCUGUAUCUUUCUGAUGCUCAUCAACGUGGACCGCUACGCGGCCAUCGUGCACCCGCUGCGACUGCGCCACCUGCGGCGGCCCCGCGUGGCGCGGCGGCUCUGCCUGGGCGUCUGGGCGCUCAUCCUGCUGUUCGCCGUGCCCGCCGUCCGCGUGCACAGCCCGUCCACCUGCAGGCACGAGAACAUCACCGUGAGCCUGUGCUUCGAGAGCUUCAGCGAUGAGCUGUGGAAGGGCGGGCUGCUGCCGCUCCUACUGCUGGCCGAGACGCUGGGCUUUCUGCUGCCCUUGGCCGCUGUCGUCUAUUCGUCGGGCCGGGUCUUCUGGACGUUGGCGAGGCCCGACGCCACCCAGAGCCAGCGGCGACAGAAGACCGUGCGCCUCCUGCUGAUCAAUCUCGUCAUCUUCCUGCUGUGCUUCGUGCCCUACAACGCCACGCUGGCCGUGUAUGGGCUGCUGCGAGCCGACCUGGUGGAAUCCAGCCUUCAGGCCCGCGAUCAGGUGCGCGGUGUGCUGAUGGUAAUGGUGCUGCUGGCCGGCGCCAACUGCGUGCUGGAUCCGCUGGUGUACUACUUCAGUGCUGAGGGUUUCCGAAACACCCUCCGCAACCUGGGCACCCCGCUCCAUACCAGGCCUUUGGCUACCAACGGGGCGAGAGGGGUGCUCACCGAACCACCCUCAGAAAGCACCCAAAACACUGGGCUGGAUGCCACCAGUCAGGGUCUACUCCAGCCCGCCAAUCUGGGAACACCGGUCAUCCAGGGCCCCCAGGAUUCAGCCCUCUGAAAGGACACAGUGUCCUAGUGUAGGCUUGCGCCACCCUCAAAGGCUUAGGGUGUCCAUUUGAGGGAGGGGGGCUGGGAACUUGGACUUUGAAGGCACUCCAGUCCCGGUGUGCAGAAGAAAGCAAGCGUGUAAGCAGGGGUAGAGGAGAGGGAGUGUGCUGCUGGUGAGAGCCAUGGGCUCCGGCUUUGAUGCAGAGGACCCUGCUCCAGUAUGUAGGAAGCCAUGGAGUGAGCAUGCCCGUGGCUGAGAGCUGGUAGGUGGAACAGAAGAUGGCUCUCCCGGAUUUAGGUCAUCAGUCGGAGAACUGAAGAUUCCCUGACCUUGGUGAAUCAACUACACAGAAGGUCAUCUGUCAUCUUCAAAAACCAAGCAAAACUCAGAACCUGGAACCCGCUGCCUGUGCAUGCUGGGCCACCACAUUGCCACUCAACUCCACCCCCCAGCCCCACCGGUGCAGCCUUCCGUCCUGACUUGAGGGCCAUGGCCGCCAGGCCACCAGCCCUCGCUUCCGCUUGCCCUCCCUGCGCAGCUGGAGGCAUGAUACAAAGGUUUAUGUGAUACGCUUGACACCCAGUAUGAGGAGGAUGGGGAAGGGCAGAGCUGUGUGUUGAGUCCCCAGAAAACCCUAGUUCUUGGGUCUUUUCUGGUCGUCCUUUGUCCUUCUAUCACUCUCUGGGCCUCUUCCAUUCUGUGUCUCCCUUCCUCCCUCUCCCCUCCCAUCUCCUCCUCCCCACUCCCACCCCUUCUACAGACUGGCCUUGAACUCUUUUUUGUUUAAUUUUUUUUUUUUUUGUGUGUGUGUGUGUGUGUGUGUUGUUUUUUUGUUUUGUUUUGUUUUGGAGACAGGGUUUCUCUGUGUAGCCCUGGCUGUCCUGGAACUUGCUCUGUAGAUCAGGCUAGCCUCGAACUCACAGAGAUCUGCCUGCCUCUUUCUCCUAAGGACUGGAUUAAAUGUGUACACCGCUAAGAUCAGCUUUGGCCUUAAACUUUUUUUUUUUUUUUUUUUUUUUUUUUUUUUUUUUGGUUUUUCGAGACAGGGUUUCUUUGUGUAGCAUUGCUAUCCCGCCUGGAAGAAUUCACAGAAAUCUGCCUGCCUCUGCAUCCUUGGAUUAAAGACAUGCACCACCGCCGCCGCCGGGCUUGGCUUUGAACUCUUGAUCCUGUUUCCGCACUUCCUAAGACUGGGAUUAGAAGCAUGCGCACCAUGCCCAGCUGCCAUCAAUAUCUUACAGAAUUUGUAUUUUCUGAGAAAGACUCUCUCUACAUAGCCAACACUCUGCUCCUCCCUCUCCUCACUCAUUCACUCCAUACCCGCUCUGUCCUCCUGGUCCUCCUCCCUGUCCCCUCCCUCCCCUCUCCUCUUCCCUACCUCUUCAUCUCCCCUCCCCUCUCCUCACACCUCCUCUUCUCUUCUCUCACUCCCCUCUUCCUCUCUGACCCCUAACAUUUUUGCCACCAAGCAUCAAUGCUCAAACUGUUUGGUCUCUGAUCCCUUUAUCCAAACUGAGGGACCUGAAGA